CUUCAACUUAACUUCAUGCUUUUAACAAGAAGGUUUGUCCUAACGGGCCACCGUACUUACUUGGGCGUUCAGGAGGAAACAUGGCGGCCACCCUGGCAAGGAGGCUGUCUGGGUUGCUGAGGCCGCUGUCCGUGUCUGUAUGUGCCCGGACACCACAGACCUGUCAGUCCAGCCUCGUCCAGUCUGCGCAUCUCUACAGUUCUUUUACAGCCGCUGUCCGUGCUCCUCUCCAGGGUACAGUGUGGCAGACACCACGCUACAACAUACUGCAGAGGGUGUUGGCACUUGUUCCUAGUCGAACUCAGCAGCCAAGCAGAAGUCUGACUUACUAUAGUGUCAAGAAGGGGAAGAGAAAGAGUGUAAAAUCUGUCACAGAUAGGUUCAUGAGGCUGCACUGUGGCCUUUGGAUCCGACGCAAGGCUGGAUACAAGAAGAAGCUCUGGAAGAAGAAACCUGCCAGACGAAAGCGCCUCAGAGAGAUCGUAUUCUGUAGCAAAACACAAUGCAAGCUUUUAGAUAAAAUGACAACCUCAUUUUGGAAAAGGAGAAACUGGUACGUCGAUGAUCCAUACCUGAAGUACCACGAUCGGGUCAACCUCAAACCCUAAUUUGCUGAUUCACGUAAUGACAUCUUGUCUUCUGCUUGUAAUGUAAUGAUGUUGUAUAUGUGUCAGAUAAAUCAUCACAUUUUGCCAUA